AGCCAAUGCACAACAUAUGAAUGUAACUAUAUAAAAUGCUUCCAUGGACAUGAUCAUUUAUCAGAUCUUUGUGGCCUGUAUAAAAGGCAGUGCAGCUAAUUCAAACAAGAGCCAUGGAACUCCUCCAAGACCUUUACCCUUCCCUUGUUUUCCUAGCAAUUGCUUUGUCAUUGUGUGUAGUUAUUCAUUACCUUGCACACAAUAACAAGUCCGGGAAGCAAAAAUUACCCCCAGAAGCAGCUGCGGGGUGGCCAAUUCUAGGCCACCUUCACAUCUUCAGUGGCUCUAAGCUCGCUCACGUUGAACUGGGAAACAUGGCUGACAAGUAUGGACCAGCCUUCACUAUCCGGAUUGGCGUGCACAGGGCGUUGGUGGUUAGCGACUGGAAAUUGGUCAAAGAACUCUCCACUGUCCACGACGUUCACGUUUCUUCUCGCCCCAAGUUCCGAGCCGCCGAGCACUUGGGCUACAACUACAUAAUGUUUGCUUUCACUCCUUACGGCCAAUACUGGCGUGACAUUCGCAAAUUCGUAUCCACAGAAUUACUCUCCAACCGGCGGCUCGAGCAGCGGAAGCACAUAAGAGUGUCCGAGAUCGAUACCUCUAUAAAGGAGCUGUAUAAGCUUUGGACGGAAAAUAGAAACUCCGGCGACCCUUCCGGCCGGGUUUUGGUGGAAAUGAAGAAGUGGUUUGGGGACAUAACGGUGAAUGUGUUCCUUCAAAUGAUGGCCGGAAAACGGUACUUCCGUACGGCGACAGCUAGUGAUGAAAGAGAUGGUCGGCGUUGCAAAAAGGCAUUGAGAGAUUUUUUUCACUAUCUUGGAGUUUUUGCGCCGGCGGAUGCGCUGCCUUUUUUGGGAGGGUUAGAUAUUGGAGGGUAUGAGAAAACCAUGAAAGAAGUUGCUAAAGAAAUGGACUCUCUUGUUGAUGAUUGGUUACAAGAGCAUCGUCGGAAGAAAGUGGCCGUGGGUGAUGGAUCUACCGGCGAGGAAGAUUUCAUAGACGCGAUGCUUUCGCGAUUAGAAGAGAUUGAUCGCAAUGGUUACAAUGCUGACAGCGUCAUCAAGUCUACUUGCAUGAAUUUGAUUGCUGGAGGAGCAGAUACGGUAACAGUCAUGCUAACGUGGGCUCUAUCUUUGAUGAUGAACAAUCCCCAUGUGUUGAAGAUGGCUCAAGAAGAACUAGACAGGGUAGUUGGCAGGGAAAGAAAGGUAAAUGAAUCAGACAUCAAUAAUUUGAUGUAUUUGCAAGCGAUUAUUAAAGAAACAUUUAGGAUAUACCCGGCAGCUCCACUAGGAGGUCCAAGAAUGUUCACGGAAGAUUGCAACGUAUCUGGUUUUCAUGUGCCAAAAGGCACUUGGUUGUUGUUUAAUGUGUGGAAACUCCAACGAGAUUCACAAGUUUGGUCUAGCCCUCAUGAAUUCAAACCCGAGAGGUUUAUUAAUAGCCACAAAGACCUUGAUGUUUUGGGGCAAGAUUUUGAGUUGAUCCCAUUUGGUGCGGGUAGAAGAAUAUGUCCGGGAACAACUUUUGGUCUUCAAAUGUUGCACUUGGUGUUGGCUAGUUUGUUGCAUUCCUUUGAGCUCUCAAAUGUCUCUGACGAAGGAAUUGAUAUGACUGAGACAGCCGGACUAACCAACCUUAAACUCACACCACUUGAAAUUCGCAUAGCUCCCCGCCUCCCUCCUCAUCUUUAUUAGCCAACAGCACAAUUAUAUGUAUGUGUAUGUGUGUUAUGUAUCUACAUAUAUACGUAUAAUACCAUACAGUGUAAGAUAUGUAUGCAUGGGUCACUGCCAGAAAUAUAUAGUUUGAAGCCAGUGGACAACAUAUGAAUUUAUAUACUUGUGUGUGGGUGUUCUUCCCUGGGCAUGGUGAUUUACCAGCUCUUAUUUGGCCUGUAUGAAAGGUAACUUUCAA